UUUAUUUUUGAGAAAUGCUCAAAAAGUUAGUAUUUAUAGCUUUAUUAAUUAACUUUAAAGGUGAAGCAUUUGCCGAUGAUGAUGGCUUAUGCGGCCUUGAACAAAAAUCAUGUGGGGAAUCGGAAUCUGUGGACAAUAACCACGACGAAUUUUCUUUCAAAAUUCGUCGACAGAUCGAGAAAGCUGUUGCCAACUACAAACCCUGUAGUACCGAUGACGAAGAUUCCAAAUGUGCCUGCCACGCUGCGGUAAUCAAACACGACUUGGCGCCCUACAAGGCAACAGGUGUGACCCGGCAAAUGAUCGAAAAGGCAGCAGGAUAUGGAACAAAAUACAAAAUUUUUAAUCACCGCCUUUAUCGUGAUGCAAACUGCAUGUUUCCCUCCCGCUGUCAGGGCAUAGAGCACUUUCUGCUGCCCUUGAUAGCUAGCUUACCCAACAUGGAUCUGGUCAUCAAUACAAGGGACUAUCCGCAACUAAAUACCGCUUGGGGGAAUAGUGGAAGGGGUCCAAUAUUUUCCUUUUCAAAGACCAGCGAGUACAUGGAUGUUAUGUAUCCGGCAUGGACUUUCUGGGCCGGCGGGCCAGCCACCAAACUGCAUCCCCGUGGCAUUGGACGAUGGGAUCAGAUGCGAGAGAAGCUGGAAAAACGGUCGGCAGCUAUACCAUGGUCCCAAAAGCGAGAGCUUGGCUUCUUUCGGGGGUCACGCACCUCCGACGAGAGGGACACUCUAAUUCUUCUUUCCCGCCGAAGCCCUGGCAUAGUUGAAGCACAGUACACCAAGAAUCAGGGCUGGAAGUCACCAAAGGACACGUUAGACGCCCCACCCGCCGACGAGGUAUCCUUCGAGGAUCACUGCAAGUACAAAUACCUUUUCAACUUCCGUGGUGUGGCUGCCAGUUUCCGACUGAAGCAUCUGUUUCUGUGCAAGUCACUCGUUUUCCAUGUGGGUGACGAGUGGCAGGAGUUCUUUUACGACCAGCUUAAGCCCUGGGUGCAUUAUGUUCCACUGAAGAGCUAUCCCAGCCAACAGGAUUACGAGAAGCUAUUGGAGUUCUUUAGGAAGAACGACGAUUUGGCCAAGGAAAUAGCUGAGCGGGGAUAUGACUUCAUCUGGAAACACCUGCGCAUGAAGGACAUUAAAUGCUAUUGGCGGAAGCUUCUCAAGGGAUAUGUGAAGCUACUGAACUACGAGGUGCAGCCAGAGGAUCAACUUAUGCAUAUUCCUUAUGGCAAAGAUGAACUAUAAUUUUAAGCAUUAAGAAUUUUCCAUGGCAGCUAUUUAUUGAAAAACAAAUUAUCUAAUUUAAGAUAUAAAUUUAAGUCCCAUUUGUUUUAAGACUCAGAAUUCAGUAAACUUUUUUGGAAAAA